GGCUCCGAGAGCGGGAGGAGAGGCGGUCUGUUUGAAAUGGAUCCACGGCCGGGCAGUCCCUUUCCAAGCAGCAGGUGAUGGAACAUUGGAUCCUCAGUAAUGGAGUCUGUAGAUAUCGAGUCGAAGCAUAGCUACAUAGGAAGCUUUAUUCAGCCUCCGCAUAAAAUAUCCAUUCCAUUUGCUGACUUAUGGCCGAAGAAGACAACAGCUGUUGCAACAGACACUCCUGCACCAAACAGCCAAGGACCUUAUGCGAGAUGUUUGUCCAUUCCCAAAUGCUGGCUGCACAUGACUGAGUCCCGAAGGUCCAGUGCCCAACUGGCAAAGUCCACCCUCACUCUAGUGUCAGCUCUGAAAAGUCUUCAAGAAAAGAUCCAUCGCCUUGAGUUGGAGAGGUCACAGGCUGAAGAUGACCUGAACUGCUUGUCCAGAGAAGCUGCCCAGUAUAAAAAAACUUUGCAGCAUGAAUCAAAUGACAAGGAUAUAGCUCAUCAGGAACUGAUGCAAGAGAGGAAAGAUGUGAGUGUUCAGUUAAAUACAGCACAGUCUCGCUGCUCCUUGUUGGAGAAACAAGUAGAUUACAUGAGGAAAAUGGUGAUCAGUGCAGAGUUGGAAAAGAAAUUGGUUCUGGAACAGCAGACCCAGCUCCAGAAGGAAAAAGAUCAAAAUCAGGCAGAGAUAUGUGCAAAACUUGACAAGCUUGAAAUUCUAGAAAAAGAGUGUUGGCGACUUACUGGCACUCAGAAAGAUGCAGAAGAAAAGAUCAAACACCUACAAGCAAAGCUUCAGGAAGAACAACACCAUCGUAAGCUAAUACAAGACAAGGCAGCCCAGCUCCAAACAGGACUUGAGAUGAAUAGAAUUUUAAUGACUUCUCUUUCACCUCAAAAAGAAGCAAAAAAGAAAAGUGGGAAGAAGAAAGCAGUAAAGGAUGAGCUGGGACAAAUGAGCUUUGAACAUCAGGAACUGCUGAAGCAGAUACAAGAAACUAAAAACCAUGAAGUUCGGGAAGACCUAGAACGUGAACUGGAGUGUCUAGUGAAGCAGAUGGAAAUUAAAGGAGAGCAGAUCACCAAGCUGAAAAGGCACCAAGGCAGUGUCUAUAAACUGAAGCAAAAGGCUCAAAAGCUGAAAAGAAAAGCAGCUAACGUUACAUCAAAGCCUGAUGACUAUAAAGGAACUAAGGAGGUCACAGUCCCUCCAAGAGGCAGUGUGUGUGCCACUUGUUCUGUGAAUAAGAGUACAAAUUCUCUUCAGCUGUUAAAAAGUGCUCAGAAAAUUCAGUCAGUAUUGAAGAAAGAUGACAUCCUAUGGGAACCAUAGAUCUCAAAACUAGUUUCAGAAAUCACUAUCCAUCUGGAACUGGACUGAAUAGAACUUUGAUGCCUGAUGCUUGUCUUGUCCACACACUCAUACAUUCUGACAUUUAGA